CCGGGCCCGUCAGUGCCUCUCGCGUUCUUGGCCGGGGAACACCUCUCCGACUGGAGAUCGUCGAUCCAAUCGUUCAUCGAUCGUCUUUUUUUUUUUCUCCUUCUCUCUCUCUCUUUCUCUCUCUUUUUCUUCAAGUAACGCGUGUAUCCGAGUGUUAGUGAGUCGAUAUCGAAACGAAAAGUUGCGGGGGAAGUGGAACGCGAGUGGAACGAGCGCGAUAAUAAAUCUCGAUCCUCGGGGAGAAGGAAGGACGAUCAAAUAUAAAUGAGAGUUUUCCACGGUUAAACCGUUCUUCCCCUUUUUUUCUUCCUUCCUUCCUUCUUUCCUUCCUUUCUUCCUUCCUUCUUUCCCUCCCUCCUUUCUUCCUUCCUUCCUUCCUUCCUUCCUUCCUUCCUUCCUCACCGAUUAAUAAUAUCCUUCGCCUCUUCGAAGGAUCGAUUUUGGGGAAUCGGCCGAUUAUAAUCGAUGAUGGAGACCGGACCACGAAGACUGCUCCUGUGGUGGAUAUACAUUUUCGGCGUUGCAGGGGCGAACGUGCAGAGCAAAGUGAGAUGUUCCGAGCAGUGGAUGGAAGUCGACAUCGUAAGGAGCAGCCCACGAGCGAGGAUAUACCUGCAACAAAUGAAGGACUUUCCAGACGAAGCUUGCAAACCUCGGCUUAGCAACGGUGUCGCCACGUUCCGAUUACCUCUCCUAGAAGAGGACAUGUUGCGAUGCGGCAUCACAAGGGUCGUUAACAAAGUCACGGGUCAGAAGGUGUACUUUCAUCGGAUAAUAGUGGAGGAGCCCGCGGAUUCCAGCAAGCAUACGUUCACCGUAAAGUGUGUUAUCACCGAGGUCGUUGUGAAACCUGGAAUCUCGAUCGCAGCCAAUCACACCGUGGUUCGCAGGAGCGUUCUACCAGCAGGUUUCCAGGAACCCGACGUGAUCGACAUCAGAGGGGAGAUCUCCGAAUCGGCGCCCGUACCGAUAUUGGGGGUCGGUGUGAGGCAAGGCGGAAAUCUGGUCACCGGAGAGCUGAACGUUAGCCCAGGCACGCCUUUGCAGAUGGAGAUCUUCUUGGACAACGGAUCCGCGCCUGUUUACGGAUUGUUGGUCACCUACAUGCUUGUCACGGAUACCAAGUCGCAGGAGGAGACUAUUAUCAUCAACGGUUGCUCCGUGGAUCCGUAUCUGUUCGAGAAUUUCAACACUGUGGACGGUGACUUUUUGACGGCGAAAUUCCGCGCUUUCAAGUUUCCAGAAAGCACUUACGUCCAGUUCCGUGGCACUGUUAACGUCUGCUUGGACAAGUGCCAAGGGAUCGAGUGCAGCAACGGGCAAAUUGGAUUCGGGAGGAGGAGGAGGGCCAUCGAUGUCUCGAAUACCGACAAGAACAAGCUGUUCGAGGUGACCAUGUCCGCUCUUAUUAAAGUUGACUUCGAGGAGGACGCGGUGAUCGACAAAACUCUGUCCGAAUUGUACGUGAGAAGAGGGAAGAACAGGACAAAAGCGAGGGCGGUGAUCGCGGAAGAGGUGAGAGAUCAAGCUGGUCCAACGACGAUUAGGACGGAGGAGAGGGCUUUCAUAGCGCAAGAAGUGAAAGAACAGUUCAAGUACAAGGUUACAGAAACGAAUGAGAUGAACGGUUCCUCCGCCUGCUGCGAGACGACGAAGAUCUUGUCCUUUAUUCUCCUUCUUCUCUGCCUCUGCAAAUUUUUAUAAAAAGGUUCAUGAAGGGGGACGAUCCGUGAACGAUCGUUUUUUUUUUUUUUUUGAUUGUAAAUAGAGAGUAGAAUCGAGAACCGGCCAGGAUUCGAGCGCAUAGUGGAAAUCGAUGAAGAUCGAAUUUCUUUGCCGGAUGUUAGUAUAAUUUUUUUCCCUUUCCACGUAGGAAAAGCAAGCAUUGAUCGAUGCAUCAUCCAUUUUGUUCGACGUCGGAUCGAGUUUUACGAUCAAGCAUCGUCUUUCUGAUAACAUUGUCCGAAAUUAAGCUAAGCUUAUUAUUAAUGGACGAUAUCUCGGAUAAUGUUAAUGGAACGAAUUAAUAAAGAUCGUAGAAAAAUGUUAUCGUAAAAAAAAAAAAAAAAAAAAAAAAAUGGGGGAAAUGAUGAGCUAAUAUUUUGGAUUAAUUAGCACGUGCUCAAGAAAUUUCUCCGCUCUGCGACCGCCAAAUUUUUUUCACUCCUUUUAUUAAUCCACGCAUUGUUCCACGCGUUCCCCUUCAGCUGUGUUCCCCUGCGAAUAACCCCGAAUAAAAUAAUACAGCCGCUAUACUGCCAGAAAAAAAAUUGGCCUUUGCGAGCGGAGAAUGUCGGAUGACCUAGUCGCGCGACGAGCUGUAACAACGUGAUGUGACUUAACUUUUAGACAAUUAUAAGUGAAUUAAUUGCUGCUGUAAUCUCAAUAUAAUUAUAAGGGAAUAUACGCGAAUAUGUAAAAAAAAAUAAUACCGUAAGAGGACGAGUGGAAACGCGCGUAAGCGUUUCAUUCAGAGAAGCGUCUUUAUUUUUUAGUCGCAUAAAGGAAGAAAAGAGAAGAUUAAUAAAAGUACGCAUAGAAACAAUA